UGAAUUGUUUUUGGCCUGGCACGAGAUUUUUUACGGAAGAACAUUUGAAGUCGCGUCAAAGCCAAUCUUACUGAAUGAGCUGGUUAAAUGUAUCUAAACAACUGUCUACAUUGGGUCGAGAAAGGGCUUCCACAAAGUUUAUAACACCGAGGUUAUGUGGUGGCAAGGAGGUGUUGUAGUGGGUAUCCAUCUGGGACCUGGUCAUAAUGCAAUUCAAUCUCAGCUUUGCAUUAAAACACUAUAGGCCUAACCCACACAUGGUGGAAGGAGGAGAAAGGAAAAAUACAAAAAUACAAUGUUUAAGAAGCCAAUCCGGAUAAAAACAAGCAAUCGAAUGAAAGGAUCUGAAAGGAAAAGACUAAAACAAAGAAUAUUGCAGCAAUUUACACAACUGACAGAGGACAAACUAAAUGAAAUUUUGCCUAGCAAAGAAGAUGUCUUUGUUACAAAAAUUGAGAAUGGAAAUGGAAUUUUCAUAACAAGUUUCUUCAUUGACAGAAAUCCCAUGUUUUUUGAAAUUGAUAAAGAAAACCAGCUUUUUCCAUCAGUAUAUGCACUUUGGCAGCAUGUGGAUUUGAUUCCCUACAUGGUGACUGCUCCUCCUGUUUUUGAAAAGAUAUCCAGAGGUGCAGAUUUGAUGCUUCCUGGGGUAAUAAAGCCAUAUGGAGGAUUUGACCAUAUUGAAAAAGGACAGAUAGUCGCCAUCAGAAUCGCUGGUAACAGUGCCCCAGUUGCAUGUGGCAAAGCAACCAUGUCAUCCAAAGAAAUGCAGGAAUCAGGAAUGCGAGGGAAAGGAGUUCAGAUCUAUCAUUGGUACACAGAUAAUCUAUGGUCAUCAGGUGAUUCCUCUGAUAUUCCCAGUUUACCGGACAGUCCACUUGAUGUCUCAUUCGCAGAAUCUCUGGAAAGAGAGUUGGAAACGCUCAAUCUGAACCACCAGUUACCGCCCACCAGCACAGCAGUUUCUCCAGAGGAAUCUGAUGUUGCUGGAGAAGAUUGUGAGGUUUUACAUGAAGAACCACCUCAAACUCCUGGGAUAGACGAUAAUGAUGAAGAUUUGGAAAUAUCAAAUGGCAGCGAAAAAGUGGAAGAUUUGGAAGAUGAUGAGCCAAAGUUAACACCUGAAGAACAGACGGAACAGUUGCUAGAGAACUGUUUUUAUCAAGCAAUGAUUGACGCUAAGAAAAUCGAGUUGCCUAUUCUAGUGACAACGUUCUCAGCACAGUUUCUUCAUCCUGCUUGCCCUGAGGGACAAAAAAUCGACAUGAAAAAGACAAGGUAUAAAAAGAUGGGGAAAUUUCUGCAAGAAAUGGAGAGCAGAGGUCUUGUCAAAGUUGGAGAGUUGAGCAAAGGUGUCCUCAGUAUAACGGCGAUGACCUUUGAAAAUGAAUGUCUCCGGAACUUCAAAGCCUCAAGUUUUGCUAAGGACAAAUCAGUGGCCAAAGCAGAGGCUCUUGCAAAAAAGGAAGAGGAGAGUUCUAAAGAGGGAAUGGCAAUAAUCGAGUUAUUUGGGGUUUCUGGAAAGACACAAUCUUUUUUUAAAGAAUUCGGCAGAAGCAAAGGUGAUGCUCUCACUGCUCCAGAAGUUCGUGAUUUGCUCAAAAUUUACGUCAAAGACAACGAACUUGUCAACCAAAGUAGCCAAAGGAAGGUUAAUCUUGACCCGAUGCUGUCAGAUAUUCUUCUUGACAAAAAUUUUUACGAGGAGUCAGUCACUUGGGAUGUUCUCAUGUCAAGAUUUUUAGAGAAGAUGAAUCCUUGCCACAAAAUUAUUAUCAAUGGAAAGCCGUCAAAAAUUAAGAAAGGAAAAGCAGAGCCUAUUGAAGUUAAGAUAGAGCAGAGAAUGGGAAACAAAAAGGUAACUUUAGUGAAGAAUCUCGAGCAGUUUGGUAUCGACCCAAAUGAGUUUGCUCAUCAACUACAGGUGGCAGCGGCUUCAAGUACAACGGUGAAUCCCUUGCCUGGUAAAACUGCUUCUAGCAUGCAAGUUCUCAUCCAAGGAAUGCAGACGAAUCAUGUAGCAAAAGUCUUAGAUCAGCUGAAUGUACCCAAGAAAUAUAUUACCGGACUUGAUAAAGCUAAAGGUAAAAAUAAAAAAAGGUAGCACAUAUUUUGCUUAAUCAUCGCAUAGUUAAAUAUUUUUCGCUGCCUCGAUGAAUAAAGCAUGAUGAACGUAGCCAUGUUUUAUCGGACUGAAAGGCCUAAAGGUGUAUAAAUUAAAAAAGUGCUUAUGGUCUCUUAAUGUGGACCAAAAUAAUAACUUCUCAAUGUGCAAUUUGUUCUAUUCCCAACGCCCCCAACGCCCCCCCCCGACUUACUACCACACGUUUUUCAUCACCAGUGGGUGCUACCUGUUUCCAAGGAAAAGACUUAGGCCAUCAAGGUCGCCAAACGAGAUUUAGGCCAAGCUAAAAUGUUCUAUUAAACGAUUAUCAGUUACAUAUUGUCCAGCGUCGAUAUUCUUAUAAAGACUUUCGGUACACUUAUUUUUAAGUCUUAUAUUGUUUCAGGUAAAUUAGCCCGCCCACGAAUAGAAACCACUCUUUUUAAAAAACAUGAGAUACGUCAGUCAUGCGGUUCUCUGUUCUGAACAUCGCCAUACAGGCAAACGGCUGAAAAUUAAGGCACAAAUAUGUGAGCCGAGGCUGAGCAUUAUUCUAGCAAUAUUCUUAAAAUUUGGAUGAUUUUAAGCCUGCAUAUUCUUAUGAACCGUCUUCUUAUGCAAAAGUGUAGACUUUUCAAUUUUCAUUUAUCAAUCAAGUAAUAUAUAUAUAUAAAUUUGGUCCCUUAAGUAAAAACCAUGCCCCCCCCCCCACC